AUGAGUUUCUCAUAUCGUUUGCCCAAAUUUGAACAGGCAGGAAAGUUUCACGGCGAAGGCCAAUCAGCUUCAAGAUGGCUCGAGAGAAUUAAGCUUGACAUCGCCUCGAGCAACUGUGGUACCAUUCCAAUUAAAGUUUAUUUAUGGGCAAUAGAUGUUCUAUUGGAUGGAUCUGCAGCGAACUGGUGUGAUUCAGUCCCCACAAUUAAGAACAUCUUGGAUAAUUACGACAUCGCAGAUGCUUCAGAGACAGAAUGGUUGGAGCGUGAGCUUAUCAAACGAUUUCCUGGGGAUUUCGCCAGUACUCCGGUUGCCCGUAUAGUUAACCGGCGCCGUUCGUAUAGCCUUGACGUGAAUGCAGAUUCAGAUAUCACGGCAUUAAAACUGGGAGAGCUAUUCAUUGGAGGAAGACCCCGAAGUCGAAAUCAGGGUUCAGAGACACAUCAAGCUUCUGAAGGACCUCGUGGAUUUGGUUACCAUGACGAUCGGAAUCCCAGACGCGAAACGCGGCAGGAAGCGGUAGAACAAAAUGUCAUCAACGAGUACCAGUUUUACAACAGACCCAGAGUUGCAUCAAGAUCACCAGAAUAUCAAAACGAGCCUCACCGUAGCUCUUCAACUAUCAAUCGAACGCCACCAGCGCCCAAGAAUUAUUACAAUGAUCGGACGAAGACGCCGACACCUUUAAAGGGCAUCUUAAAAAACAAAACAGACCAUAACCAACCACCAAUGACUUAUUUUCACGACGAAAAAGAUCGCUCAAGAGACAGUUACACUAGAAACCCUUCUCCCUACCAAAGCAAUAGAAAUACAAACCAUUACCGGAACGCCGAGAAUCCAGAAUCCCGUCAACAUCCACAAACAAAUCCACCAGACUCUGCAUAUCGUUCUUCAGAAUCGAGACCAGUGUAUCAGCAAUCAAAAACAUCCUACCGAGAAGUCAUAAUUGAAUCAUCCAAGUCUCAAAUGCCACGCUGGUCAUAUAUGCCACUUCCUGCCACUAGGAUCAUUUCUCAUUCGAGCCGAGCUCUGGGGCUUGGAGAAUACCAUAUUCAGCCAUCGACACACUCGAGCAACGGUUUCGUGAUUCAAGUCGAACUAGAAGAUAAGAGUAUAUAUCCUAGAAGACGCAUAGAGUGGCGAUGA